AUGUUUUCGUUGAAGCUAGGGAAGAACAAGAAGAAGAAGAAAGUACCGAAAGGUGACAGUGAACUAUUUGGCAGUGAAGCCAGUGUUGAUGAUAAAGUAUCGUUGACACAGUAUAACUAUGCUGAUGAGAGAGAGAAAGAGAAACCUAAGAAGCGGAAGAUUGAACUGGCUACCGCAGAAUCCGAAACGAUAGCUUUGAAGAGAGCAAAGAACAACAUCGGCGAUGAUUCUAUAGUUCAGGAACUCGAAGCUCUACCUGAGAAAGUGGAAGAUAAAGAAUAUGAAGAGAUGCCUGUCGAAGAAUUUGGUGCAGCUAUGCUGCGUGGUAUGGGCUGGACAGAUGAAAACGAACUCGAGGAUAGUAAGUCGCAUUCGAAAAAGCUUCCGCAUGAACAGAUACACCCAGAGGGUCUUGGGAUAGGUGCUAAGUCACAAGAAAUGUCGAAUCCUGUCUCCGUGAAGGACCUUGUCAAUGAUUUUAUGCCCGUCAAGAAAGUACCGAAACAAUAA